AUGUCAGAGGGAGGGCCUGCUUGUUACCCGGUUGCUUGCGAGACCCUAAUGUCCCAGGGCGCUCGAAAGAACAUUUCAGGUCUCCGAAGCAAAGGAAUGCUGACGGGAGAAGGUGCAGGGAAGAGUUGGCUCCAAGCAUCAAAAUCGGAGUCAGACACCCUCUCUUCAAGCCGCUCUUGCACGACCACGGAUCCAGACGGGAUGUGCGCCGGCGCCUCCUCCGACGAGUUGCUCUUCCAAGUGGUGAGCUAUCUGGAAGCCCAGCGGAGCCGCUCCCCCGCCGUCCCCUGCGUGCCGACGCCCCCCCCGAGCGCGCUCGCCACGAUGCACCGCAGCCCGAGUUUCAGUGCCGAUAGCGGCGUCGUUCUUGCGGAAACCGAACGGGAAUCGUCGAAUUGCCCACCCACGAGCGACUCGAGCGUGGAGGAGAGCUCGUCGGCGCACGUUCCGGAUGGGGGGGCGCCGCCGAGCGGCGCGUGUACCCCCCUGGAAAGUGCGUGGAUGCAGUGUCUGAGCCCCGACACGGGGGGGCUGGAUCUCCUGGCAGACAUUCCUGACGAGUGGCCGGCCGCCCCGAGAGGGGGGGCCGUGGGCGAGAACGCGCUCCUCGCGCCUUUGGACGGCAACGGGCCGAAGUUACUGGGGGUGGGUAGUGUUGGGGAGGUGGCAGCAAACGAAGGAGUCGACUCGAUCUGGCAGCGGAUCUCUGCGAGCCGAGGUGGGGGGCUGUGGGAGACACAUACGGGCGCUGGAGAGUUAAGGGGGGGGUCAAGUGAGGGGUCCGGUUUAAGCAGCGAGGGGCUAGGCUUGACUGGCGCAAAGCACCCUGGAGCACCCCCCCGGGUCUCGCGAUUCCGGCCCCCAGACGAGCUCUGCUUCUCGAAUACGAGACCGCUGCAACGGUCUUCGACGCUCCCCGCCUCUUCAAGCUUUGCAUGUCAGGCCCCCAAGGCUGGCGCGACACCAGCCGGCCCCAUUGAGCUCGAGCAACUCAAUGCUGCACAGCCGGUGUCAAUGGAGCUCGAACCCCUGCCCGCUGCCCCGUGGAUCCCAUCGAUGGAGGCUCUGAAGCUGCCACCUGUCGCCCCGCCGCGGCGCCAGCUGGCGCGGGUGCGAGCGCCUGGGAACGCUCUCUUGCGCACGCACUCCGACCCUGCGCGGUGGCUGCAGAGUUACGAAUCGGGGGAGGGUCUUUUGGGCGACGCGCUGCUCCCCCCCCGAAGUUUCGCCCCGCGACCAGCCCCCCUGGAACGACAAAGAAGCGUCCCCGCUUUGCCGGUGUCGUCCGCCCUCGGGGGGGGUCCCUUGCAACGACAGAGCAGCGCCCCCGAGGCAGAAGUCACGGAGCUUUUGGGCGAGCAGAUCCUGCAAGAGCUCAGGCGGCGCCGGGAGGGCCAGGCGCCGCUGCGGGGGGGCCUUGCCAAGCCAAAAUUGACCCCCAGCCAGAUGCAGCUGAUUUUAGACCAGCACCGUUUCAUGCUCGAGAACCAGCCCCCCGAGGGCGCGUGGCGGGGUGGGGGCGUCCUGGAUACCGUGCGCGAGGGGGUGCCCACUGGACAGCUGGCGGUGCCCAGCGGACAGCUGGCGGGGCGUCAUCAGCCGCUGGCACGAAGCGGACAGCUGGCAGGGUCCGACGGACAGCUGGCGGCGGCGCGCGCGUCCGCGCGGCCGAAGGUGGACAAGCGGCGGCGCGGCGCGGAGGACGAGUGGGCGGCGCACGCGCACCAGCGCGAGGUGACGCGCGAGCUGGCGGAGGCGCGCGCGGCGUUGCCAGGUGGCCGCAACUCACUGGCCGGCCUCGCGGCAAAUGCCGGGCACCGGGCGCAGUGCCCGGGUCCGGACGGUCCGGCUGCUGCGGGGCAGAUGAAAGUUGCUCGGCAAGCCAUGGGGAGCCAAGGUCCGCUGAGCGCUCAAGCUGAAGCAGAUGCGCUUUUCUGGGGGGAACAAAGUGCUCCGGAAGUUGGCCCCCUACGGGGCGCCGUUCCGCUCAAUGAGGCCCAACCGGCGGGCCACCCGGAACUCCACUCGAGAGCCUUCUUGCCCGAGGUCGGCUUGCACCCUGCGCCGCUCCCAGGGUUCGAAACCAUCACCGUUCCGGAGCUGCCACGUGGCAGCUCCCCGAACGAGCUGCCGUGCGCGCCGCACGCGCGCUUCGUGGUGCCCGUGGGGCCCAAUCUGGCGCACGUCAUGGAGAUCUUUAAGAACGCGCAGCCUGCCCGGGAGGUGGAGGUUUCCAAACCUUUACCGACGGAAACACCGAAUCACGUGGGCGAGACGCCGCUCGUCUCCCCCCGGACGCAACUUCCCAGCUGGGAGAGCUGGGCGUUUGAGGAGGGGCUUGCCGAUAUGGACUUCUCGGACACGCUUCUUGGUAGCGCUAACUUGGACGUUUGAGGGCGGGUUAUAGCGCCUGCUUGUAGUAUGUAUGAGUGUUGGUUUUGGCCAUUCGCCGCGGAGAAGGCAACGGAGACGCGCCUCGGAGUGCCUCUAAAAGCCUGAGGCUUUCUUGCUGGGCAGUGCAUAUAUGCUCGGCAAAUUGAUGCAGUUCCCACGGACGCCAUUAGUUAGAUGUGGUGCUUAGGGUAACUAUAAGUGAGUACCCAAGCUAGAAACAGCGGGCCUAUAGAUGGAGGCUGAGGGCGCUGCUUGGAGCUUGGAAAUAAUAUGAAAGACGGAUUGACCUCAAUUCUUCCAUCGACGUAUAGGACUCGUUGACUUUCCGUCAAUCGUUGUUUAGGUCGGUGAAUAAGGUACUUUGGUUUGAUUAGUAAGUCGUAUAUAUAGGGUAGUUUGGAGGACGGCCUCCCGAGGUAGUGAUAUGCAAAUUCUAGGGUUGACUUCGGGCCUAGAUAGACCCUGCUGGAACAUGCAAGUACCAGUACAAUAGCACGUAACAUGCUGGAGAGCUCUCAAUCAGCAUUCCCAAAGUUUGUCAGCUGAGUAGAAUCCAUCAGCCAAGUCUUCGUCGUGCUUUGGGUCGGAUCCACUGUAAUGAUCCUGUCCACAUGAGCUGUAGUGCGGGCCAGGCCCGCGGCGCGGCCCUUUAAGAUUACAUGCAAUC